UUACGAGGAUUACUUUUCGUAAAAAUGUUCAUGCUGAUUUUUACGGACUUUCAGACAUUGAUUUCGUCGUGACCGAUUUUGACCCCAACAAUCACCCUGAUCAGCAGUCAGAAUAUUCUCUUAAGCAACAUGACUCCAACGGCUUAGCUGAACAAAUAUUAUCGUUAGCCAUAUUCUAGGUCUUUUGAGUCUGUACUUUCAAGUUUUCUCAGUAAUUCUUUGUUCAUCUAAUAUGACAUCUAGGCCUGGGCAUUUUAACCUGGACCAAAAAAAUACCCGAUCCGGAACCGAAUCAAAAAUUUACAAGUACCUUUUUGGAUCUAAAUUUUUUUUAUCCGAAAAAACCAGAACCGAAAGGAACCGACCCGAAUAGAUCCGGUCCCGAAAAGACCCGAUCCGAAUAGACCCGAUCCGAAUAGACCCAUCCGAUAAAAACCGAUUUGUACCCAACUUAAAAACAUGUAUAUCUAAAACUAUGAUUUUUUGUAUUUUUUUUAUAUAUAUUAUUUUAUGAUUUAGUUGAAAUAUCUUUUAUUAACAACAUUUGUUAUUAUUUUAUAACAUUUUUAAGUAAUAUGAAGCUUUAAAAUGUAAAAAUAAAAAAUUUUAACACUGGAUAUAUUAUGCUAUUACAAACUCGGAGAAAUAUUACAGACGAUUCUACAGUCGACAAUUUUACCUGCCUUAUGAAGAUUCACGUCUGACUGCAUCACCUGAGCCGCCCUAUCGGAUCCACCCUUGACAAUACUCCUUGUGCCAUGCUGCAAAUCUCUUGUAAGCCGCUUCUCCAUUAAUUCGCAUAGUUCCGCUUUUUUCGGGAAUCAAAACCCAGACCUGCUGAUGUAGAAGCCUUAAUGUAAAAUGUAAAAUGUAAAAUUUAGAGUUUAAAAAUAUUUUAUUUUAAUUAUUAAUAGUUUUAUUUAAGUUAUUUUGUAAAAUUUUAGAUUUAUAUGACAAAUAUCGACUAAAUUUGAUGGCGUUGGGUAUGCAAUGUUCUUUUCAGAUCCUAAAUGUCCGAACCCGACCCGGACCUGAUAUAGACACGAAAAAUUACGGAUAUUUUAUGGAUAUUUUAAUUAUAGAUCCAAACCGACCCAGACCCGAGAAGAACCGACCUGGAAGUUUAUAAGUAUAUAUUGGGUCUAAAUAUUUAGGAUCCGAAAGACCUGGACCCGAAAAGAACCGGCUCGAACGCCCAGGCCUAAUGACAUACAAGAAACAGCAAAACCACAAAUAUAUUCAUCUAAUAUGACAUACAGCAAAAUAAACUCAUGGCAUUCAAAAAACAGCAAAAUAAGUUGUUAUUUCGAUUUUGAAAAGAGAUUCUGCAUCUUGACAACAAUAUCUGUAAAUGAAAACUUUGGAGUAACCAAACUAUUGAAAAUUAGUUGAUUAGUAAAAAUGUGUUUCAUCCUCACUUUCACUGUCACCAACCAAGAAAAAUUGACUUAUUCGGUAACUGUUCUUUUGAAAAAUCAACCGAAUUUUCAGGCUCCACACGGCCGAGAAUUUUGAUUUAUCUGCACUACACGGUUUUCUAGCUCAAGCGUUCGUUUUUUCCAUAAAUGCAAGAGCAACCGACAUUACUCUUGUCUCAGACAAAAAAAAAAUCAAAGAAAAGAAAAAACAUGAUACAUUCUUGUAGUGAGAGGAAGAUGAUAACAUGGAGCUUGUGUUUGGUCUUUUUUCUUUCAUACUCAGUACUUGUUUUUGCUUCUCCUGCUAAGAAUUUGUGUCGUCCAGACCAGAGGGAUGCUCUUUGGGAUUUCAAGAACGAUUUCAUUGUUCAGAAGGAUGAUCGUUUGAGUUAUUCAAAUCCGAAGACAGAGUCUUGGAGGAACAACACUGACUGCUGUUCUUGGGAUGGUGUCCGUUGUUAUCUUCAGACAGGCAACGUCGUUGAGUUAAAUCUGUGGGGCAGUUUUCUUAGUGGCCCUUUAAGAUCUAAUAGUAGUUUAUUUAGACUACAGCAUCUGGAGAUUUUGAAUCUUGGAUCCAAUCCUAAUCUUUAUGGAAAUAUUCCUUCUUCACUCGGAAAUCUUUCUUAUCUUACUGAUCUUGUUCUUUCUGAUUGUGGUUUUACCGGUGAGCUACCAGAUUCGAUGGGUAACUUAAACAGGCUGAUAGAUUUGCGACUUUAUAAUAACAAGCUCCAUGGGAACUUUCCUCUUUUCCUUCUCAAUUUAAGCGAUAUCACUCAGAUCUCACUUAGUUCUAACAAUUUCAUAGGAUCUAUUCCGUCAUCUCUUUUCCUCAGCCCUUCCUUGGUCGUGCUUGAGCUGAGCGGAAAUAAUUUUAGCGGUCUUCUUGAUAUUGGGAAUGUCUCUUCACCAUCUAAGCUUCGAAAUCUAGGCCUUGGAAGAAACAAUUUCAGUGGACCAAUCCUGGGAUCUACAUCGAAACUAGUCAGCCUCAAGGAUCUUGACCUCUCUUUUUGGAGGGAUAGUUUAAAUUUCAGCAUCUUCUUGCAUCUCACGUCACUAGAGAGACUUGACCUCUCCUAUCCGAAUACCAGAAUCAUGGUUGACUUGGAUCUUUUCUCACAUUUCAAGUCACUUUGGGAUCUUAAUCUUUCAGGGAAUAAUUUGAAGAUCAGUUCAACUCUCCAUUUUCCCUCACCCAUAUAUAUGUUGAAGUUAUCAUCAUGCAACCUUUCUCACUUUCCAAAGUUUCUACAAAGCAAAACCAGUUUGUCUUAUUUGGACAUAUCCGCGAAUCAAAUUGAAGGCCAAGUACCAGAGUGGUUAUGGAGAUUGCGGUAUGUAGACAUUUCUCAAAAUUCCUUCAGCAGCUUUGAAGGACCAUCGGAUGUUUUUCGAAGAAGUGGCCGACAACCAAAUUCUACAAUGUUCUUUUUAGGCUCCGAUAAUCUGUUUACGGGAGAGAUUCCAAGAAUGAUAUGUGAACUGGUUAAUCUUCAGACACUUGUAUUAUCUAACAAUAACUUCAGCGGUUUCAUACCUCAGUGUUUUAAGAAUUUCAAUACUACAAUUUCGGUCUUGCAUCUUCAGAAUAACAGUCUCUCUGGUGCUUUUCCUCAGGAAUCUAUCGGUGGUCGGUUGAGAUCACUUGAUGUUGGUCACAAUAGGUUAUCAGGUAAACUUCCCAAAUCUUUGGUAAAUUGUACUCAGCUCGAGUUUUUGAACGUGGAAGACAACAGAUUCAAUGACACGUUUCCAUUCUGGUUGAGAUCAUUGCCUAUUUUACAGUUUCUUGUCCUUCGUUCUAACAAGUUCCACGGGCCAGUAUCUUAUCCUCAAGAUUCUAUGAAUUUCUCCAAGCUACGAAUCUUUGACGUUUCGCAGAAUCUCUUCACUGGAGUAUUGCCAUCAGAUUAUUUUGCUGGUUGGAGUGCAAUGUCAUCACCGGUUGUAUACGUGGAAGCUAUUGUUCAUAUGUUAGUGUUCCAAAACUAUCAUAAGUCGGUGGGUCUGACGAACAAAGGAUCAAAUAUGGAUCUGGUUGGGAGUGGUUUUAGAAUCUACAAAACCAUUGAUGUCUCUGGAAAUAGACUCGAAGGAGAUAUUCCUCAAUCCAUCGGCCUACUUAAGGAGCUCGUUGUGCUCAACAUGUCAAACAAUGCUUUCACGGGGCACGGCCCUGGGCAUAUUCCACCUUCUUUGUCAAACUUGACAAAUCUCCAGUCCCUAGAUCUAUCCCGAAACAGAUUAUCCGGCACAAUCCCACCAGAUCUCGAGAAACUCACGUUUCUGGCAUGGAUGAACUUCUCCAACAACAUGCUCGAAGGUUUAAUUCCACAAGGCACUCAGAUUCAAAGCCAAAACAGUUCUUCAUUUGCUCAAAAUCCUGGGCUAUGCGGUGCUCCUCUCAAAAGAUCAUGCAGUGAAGGAGCAGAAGAAGCGAGAAAACAAGAGAAAGAAAAUGAAGAAAAGGAAGAAAAAGAUCAAGUCUUGAGCUGGAUUGCUGCUGCAAUAGGCUAUGGACCUGGUGUGUUUUGCGGAUUUGUCAUCGGCCAUAUUCUGUCAUCAUAUAGACAUGACUGGCUCAUGAGAAUCUUUCGUUCUUUUGCUUGAUAAAAGAAUUAGUUGCCUGAUGAUAUCUAAUCAUCUAUGUUGUUUUCAGAUUACUAUUCUAAUGUCGUAAAUAAUUCUCUUUUGUUGUAUUGUUUUGCCACUCUUAUUGAGAAUCUGUGUUUUUAGUUAAUUUCCUCUCUUCCUUAAUAGUUUUGUGUCUCUGAAAUCUUGUUGCAGGGUCACCUAAACGAACACACCCGUAGUAAUAUUAUGCAUCUCCAAUCUUGUUGCACUCCAACUCUAUCUUCAAGAACGUCAAUCACAGAGACAUUCUCACAACAACCAAUAUAUGUAUGUCCCUAGUCGCAUCACGAGUUCUUCUAUCAGGAUAAUGCAUAAGUCCCGUUCAAGAUUUUACUAAUUACAGGUUCGGGUUCGGUUCGGUUCCUUCUGAAUACGGUUCGGAUCAGAUUGUAACCAAUAUUUAAAAUCGUCCAAAAAUAUAUUUUUCAAACCUCAAAAAUUGACAAAAAUAUUUCAAAAUAUAAAAAUUAUUCACAACUCUAAUUAAAAAUUAGUUAAAUUAACUAAAUUAUAUUCAUUGUAACAAAUAAAACAAACUACAAAAAUAUUUUGAAUACUCUAAAAUAUCUAAAUCACCUUACCAUAUAUAACAACAUCAACAUAUCUAACUAAUUUCGGAUAUCUUCGGAUUCUAGUUUGGAAUUCGGUUCGGUUCGGGUUAUAACAAAACUCCAAAGUACUAAGUUCAUAAGUCUCGUUCGGAUAUUUUUGUAUAACAGUUCGGAUCCGGUUUCGGAUUUUCCGUUUCAAGUUUAGGUAGGUAUUUCGGGUUGGGGUAAAAACGCCAUGCCUAGUUUAUAAUAUAUUGAUUUAAGGGAAAUUUUCAAUUCUACCACAAGUUUGAUACCACUUUUCAAAUUUAUCGUUAAUGAAUAAUUAUUUUUAUAAAUACCCUAAAUUUGUGAUAAAAUAACACUAAGCUAAUUUUUCUAAAUAUUUAUAAAACAUUUAUAAACCCAACCGCAACCCCUUAAUACAAAAUCCUAAACAAUAAUCAAUAAAGUGUAAACCCAAAUGUUAUAUUCUUGAUUGAGGAUAUUUUUGAAAAUUGGUACUUAACUUGUGGUAUUUUAGACAAUUUCUCUUGAUUUAAUAAUUGAAGUAGGAUAAGAUUCGCGCUUUGUGCGGAUUAAGAUAUAUUAUUAAUAUAUUAAAUAUAUUGUAUUGACAAAUUUAAGAUUUAUAUAUGAUCGAAUUGUUUUUAUAUGUAUACAAUUUUUUAUUGUUUAUAUUAUCAUCUAUAUCUUGGGUCGAUACAUUUGAAUAUUUUCUUUUACUAACUUAUCAGUAAAUAAAAUUUAUAUAUUUUCAAUUUUGAAGUUACAUUAAUUUUCAGAAUAUCAGAUUUUUACUUUCUUUUUGACAAUAUAAGAUGGAAAAUUAAAAUAUUAAAAAGACAAUUACAAAUUGGAUUAUGCUUAUAAUUUGAAGUAUAGUUUGGUUAUGGACCACAUUAAGACAACAUAAAAUUUUGCAGCCCGACUAUUAUUAUACUUAAGACCCAAAUAUAGAAAGAUGAUAGUAUUAUUUGCUUCAAAUUGAUAAUUUAUAUAGGAUGAAAGUUAGGUUAACGUGAUUAUAUCAUUAACUACUACUAACAGUCAUUACUAAUGUUUUGCCUAGACUAUGAAAAAAAAUUAUUUAUGUGCCAAAACUUUUUCUUAAUCUUCAAUAUAAAUUUCAUAAAUUUAAGUUCUAAAGAUUGUGUUGCAAGGAAAAAUAUUUGAUAUAAAUGGCUGUUUGGUAAUAACAAAACAAUUUAAUUUAUGUAUUACUCUUUAUAUAAAUAUUUGUAGGCGAGAAAGGCCUAAGAACCGAACAAUAUUCUUCUUCUUUUUUCUUUUAUUAACAAUUUUUUUUGAAUAGAUGCGUCUCUUUGCUAUUAAUUUAAAAUAUCAACAAUUAAAAAAAAACAUUACUUUCUGAUUUAUAGCAAAAGCUUGCAAUACUUAGGCCAUAAUAUAUAGAAAACUUUGAUUUAAAUUGAUGUCCAAGUAAUACGGACUAAGAAUAUAUCUUACACUUUUUUAAAAAAAAAUUAUGUUGGAUCACAAUAUGAAUCAACCCUGAGACAUUUAAAUAAAGUCCCAUUUAAUGAGAUUGAUGAGCAUUAAUUUAACUAGAUCGCUGAGUAUUAAAUUUAUCAUAUCAUAUACAUUUAUGUUUGGGUUAAUAUAAUUUUUCCUAACAAUUAGAUUUUGGAUUUAUUGAUUUUUCAAUUGAUUUUUAUGUUGCUAUGUAAGACAAAUUGACAUCAUAAUUAAGUGACACCUAAGCACGACUCUUUUUCAAUUAAUACAAAUAUAAGAUUAUAACUUUUUAAAUGUUUCUCUAUUAAUAAAUAUGGAUUUUUUUCUGUGUUUAUGUGUCAAACUAAGCCUAGCUUGGAUUUUAAUGUGCAUGUUCAAUGCACAC